GCAAAAUUUGUAGGUUCUUCAGAAUCGCGAAUACAAAUCAUUCUUUGCCUUGUUUUCCUUCUAAUUCUAUUCAAUUCAAAUCCGUUCUUCUCCGGCCAAAUUCUUCGCAUUCCGAUCGAAACUCGCCGGGAAAUUUUACGUCUCUCCAGUACCGUGUGGAAUUCUUCGUGAUUCCAUCGAUCUCGACCGCUCGAAGCCAUGACGCCUGAAUAUGAUUAUUUGUUUAAGCUCUUGCUUAUCGGAGAUUCUGGUGUUGGCAAAUCAUGUCUCCUUUUGAGGUUUGCAGACGAUUCAUAUUUGGAUAGCUACAUUAGCACCAUUGGGGUUGACUUUAAAAUCCGCACAGUGGAACUCGAUGGGAAGACUAUUAAGCUCCAAAUAUGGGAUACUGCUGGUCAAGAACGUUUUAGAACAAUAACCAGCAGCUACUACCGUGGUGCUCAUGGCAUUAUUGUUGUUUAUGAUGUUACAGAUCAAGACAGUUUCAAUAAUGUUAAGCAAUGGUUAAAUGAAAUUGAUCGUUACGCAAGUGAAAACGUGAAUAAGCUUCUUGUGGGUAAUAAGUCCGACCUGACAGCAAACAAAGUCGUCUCCCACGAGACAGCAAAGGCAUUUGCGGAUGAAAUUGGAAUCCCCUUUAUGGAAACAAGUGCUAAAAGUGCCACGAACGUUGAACAGGCUUUCAUGGCCAUGGCUGCUGAAAUCAAGAAUAGGAUGGCGACUCAACCAAUGAACAAUGCGCGGCCGCCAACCGUGAAAAUUCGAGGACAGCCAGUGAACCAAAAGUCUGGUUGCUGCUCGUCGUGAAGGAAAGGAAAAGUGUUUUGAUUAGCAACACUGUACCUGUGUGUGGUCCAUGGUUGGUCCUCCUUUGACAUGUAAAACUCUUUGGAUUAGCUUCUGUUCUAAAGCUUUCUUUUGUUUUCUUCA